AUGCCCAUGCUCACGAAACAAUGGACCAGUCACAAUUACAAGGAUCCGGAUCUUCAGAGGUUAUACCUGAAGGACAUUGAUUGCCCGAAGAUUUGGCAUGACUACCUGAAAAAGGUCAUCCCUCCAUUCUUAUUCUAUCUCAACAAGUCCGCCGAACAGGAAUCCUUUGAGGGCCCUGGUGCAAAAACAACUGCUCGAUCGUCCAAUACGCGUCAUAAUGCUAUGGGGAAGCAGCAGGUCGCAAAAGCAGGUGAUCUGAUGAGCUGCCUCCCGCCUGACAUGCGUGCAGAAAAUCUGAUGUGCUACAUCGGCCACGAAGGAACAUAUACGCCUGCGCACCAGGAGAUGUGUGCUAGCCUUGGACAGAACCUAAUGGUCAAUGCAUCAGAUGGUUCAAUGGAGGAUGGAGAAAUCACAAGACCCGGAUCUUCAAUAUGGUUCAUGACAAGCAGCAAGGACCGUAAACUUGUGUCUGAAUACUGGAACUCUGUACUCGGCCACGAUAUCAACAUUGAAGACCACUUUGCUCAAAUAAAUGCGUGGAAGGGCGCGCCAUUUACAACCUACCUUGUUGAACAGCGACCGGGCGAUUUUAUACUGGUCCCUCCCCUAGCGGCCCACCAGGUGUGGAACCGCGGGACGCGGACAAUGAAAGUUGCAUGGAAUCGGACGACAGUGGAAACUCUGGAGAGGGCGCUAAACGAAGCGCUACCACGUGCGCGGAUGGUCUGUCGUGACGAGCAGUAUAAGAACAAGGCGAUUGUGUUUUAUACGCUCAAACACUAUUCGAUACUCCUUGGCGGAGCUGAUGAAGCCAACGCUGGGCACCCGCGUAUCCAGCAGCUGCAGAACGAGUUUGAACAAUUAUUCGCCCUAUAUGAUCAAAUUAUUCUCUCCGAAUCCUUUUCGGCCACGCUUCCUAAAGAAAAGAAUGUCGAAUACAUCCCUUUUGACAGCAACAUUACCUGCUCAUAUUGCAGAGGCAGCAUCUUCAAUAGGUUUUUGACCUGCCCUUCAUGCGCUACAGGACCAGAUGACGCGUAUGACAUUUGUAUGGAAUGCUAUGCUAUGGGCCGGAGCUGUGCAUGCAUCUCGAAGCUGAAAUGGGCUGAGCAAUUUCAUUGGAGCGAACUAACGGAGAAACACGAAACAUGGAGACAGCUGCUGUUGAAGGUAAAUCCUGCUCUUGGGGGAAAGUUCCGGCCGUUGCGGGAAGAAAUUGCUGAAAUGAGCCGGAAAAGCCUAGCUCAUGUCUGCCAGGAGGAGCUCAAACGGAGGCCGUGGGUCGAUAUUACUAAACCAGCGCCAGCACCUGUCGUCCCUGAUGAAAGUCUGGAGGAGCCCGAGCAAACAAGUCCCCCCGCCAAGAAGAGGAAGACUAGCCGAGCCGACAAGUCAAAGGUCCCUCGGUGCCACAUCUGCAAGUACAUUGAACCGACUUGGAAACUCGCUUCUUGUUCGAACCCCAAAUGCUCUUUGAAGUACUGCUAUGGUAGCCUAUACAGAGCCUUCGAUAUGCUACCCCAGGAAAUUCUGGAAAUGAAACGCUGGGAAUGUCCCAGAUGUCGGAAAAUCUGCAGCUGUGCUGCUUGCCGCAAAAACCCGAAGAUGACCCCGUUCGAGCCGACAUCAACAUCACUCGGCCACGAUACUAGCAAGAUUGCAGACCCGAGGAGUGUCGAAAGCUUGGUGGAUUUUCGGCACUCGAACCUCGGAUGGCUGAAAAAAGCCGGAAGUGACGAAGUAGGCCGCUUGAGAAAGCACCAGGAGGAAGCAGAUGCGAAGCGCAAUCAAGCUUUGGAGGAUAAUUCGAUACAAGUGGAAUUCUACGCGGACAUAUCACAGCCUUAUGACUACAGUCAGCUGGAGCUUGCUCAUGUCGCCCAAGCCGCCUUUCAUGCCGACUAUGCCGAUAAUAUUCCCGUCGACCCAGCGUUGGAGAGUUCACACCUGGCGCCCGUUGAUUCUCUGGGUUAG